AUGGAAGCCUCCGCGUCCCCAGCACCGCCAAGAGACCGCAUCCCCGGCCUGCCGAACCCGGUCGUUGCGGCCGCCCAGCAAAAAUGGAUAUUCAGCGACGAUGAGCUCGAGCGCACGCCGUCGCGUAUCGACAAGAUCGACCGCGAGAAGGAGGAUUACAUUCGGCACCGCGCUGUCGAGUUCAUCUGGCAGGUUGGCAUGAUGCUCAAGAUGCCGCCGCAGACGUCGCAGACGGCAACUGUAUUCAUGCACCGCUUUCUCAUGCGCUACUCCCUACGCGGGCAAUACCCGGAGGUUGCGGCGGACCUCAUGCACCCAAAGGUCAUUGCGGCUGUCGCGCUGUUCGUUGCGUUCAAGGUGGACGAAACGAUGCGCCGCAUGAAAGAUUUCGUCGUGGCAUGCUGCCGCGUUGCUAUGAAGCAGCCUGACCUGGUUGUGGACGAGCAGUCGAAGGACUACUGGAAGUGGCGCGACCUGAUCCUGCAGAAUGAGAGUGUCAUGCUCGAGUUUCUCUGCUUCGACCUACAACUUGAGUCGCCCUACCGCAUUCUCUGGGAUUACUCUCUUUUCUUCGGUGUGGGAGAUAACAGGCCCCUCCGCCAUGCUGCAUAUGCCUUCCUCAACGACUCCACCUACACGGUGCUCUGCCUGCAGUUCCAACCGCGUGUCAUCGCCGCUGCAGCUCUCUACGCCGCAGCUCGCCACUGCAAGAUCGCUUUCCCAGACGACUCUCACGGCCGACCAUGGUGGGAGCAAAUUGACGUCCAAGUAGACGAGCUUAUUCGCGCCUGCAAGCUGAUCGUCAAGAUCUACGAGCGCGUCCAGCAAAACCUUAGCAAGGGCUACCCGGACUUCGCCUUCUCAGACGCAGACCCGAAUGACCCAACCCGCCUCUUCAAUAACGAUCCCACCGCCGAGCCAGUGCCUACACCCUCUCUCAGCACACCCAGCGACCCGUCCACACUCAAUGGACGCAAACGCUCGCGCGAGCCGGAGCCCCAAUCCCAGGAACACCGCCAGCCAACACCAGCCACACAACCACCCUCAUCUCUCAACGGAGGGCGUUCCCCGAAACGCCAGUGCACCGAUUCACCCAAACCUGGCGCAGGCGCAACAGCCUCGCCAUCCACAGCGACAGCUCGCCCGCGCAUUCCCCUUCGCGCAAUGGAAGCAGCCCGGCAGUCUAAACCGGUCGACAGACUCUCCAGCGAGACACACAACCAACAUACCCACACAUCACCCGCACGGAAUCUUCAAAGAGAAGAGACCAGCGCCGAAGAAGGUGAAGUCUCAGACUCCAAGGGAGUCGAACCGAAUACCGCUCCUGCAGCCUCUACGGGCCCAACCGAGCGAGGGCCAUCGUCUGCACCAAAGGGAAACGCUAGUGAGGAAGGGGCCGGAAGCGAAGAGGGCGAAAUCUAG